GUGGUAUACCCACGUAUCCCACGUUGCUAGGUAGACUCGCGGCGCGUAGAACCGAAUCGCGCCAGUGUCUGGACCCAGUUGUCGUGGACACUUUCGAAUCACGCUGGCCAAAAGUGGAGAGACGUCCGUUAUGGUUGACUGUGCUCUGUCGUAGUCGGCGCGACGAGUUACACGCGUUGCAGUACGGUAGCGUCUAGAAGAGACGGGAGAUCAGUCCCAAAUUCAAUUGGAGUUUCGAUUUAAAGUCUGUAAAGUUGAUGCGACUCGAGAUUCGGCCGACGGACACGAGCUUUCGUUUAUUUCCAAAAUUCGAAGGUAACGAUACUGGUCGAGCCGGGUUAUCGUUUAUCAGCGGUGACAUUGGCACGGCGAUUGAUCAGCACGCGAUGCCAAUUAAGUGACUUCGCGGCCUCCUUCCUGCCGAGACACCUGCUCACUACAGGAGAGAAGGUUCUAUCACGGAGGGGUGAAUCAUAACGAUCGAAAUGGCGCUCGCGUGGCACAUAUCAAUCUUUUUCUUGAUGGUCACUCGGGGCGAACCCUGUACGGAGUACGGAUGUCCAGGACGGCCGCAGUAUGACCCUUUCGUACCUGCGCCUCCAGGAUACACUCCCCACUGCGCGCCACCGGGGCAGACAUUCUGCGAAACCCCAGACCACUAUCCUCGACAACUCAUCAAGUUUCUCGUCGACAAAUGCAGCUUCGACUUUAACACCGCGUUGCAAGAUGAAUCCCGCGACGAUUUCAAUGCAUACAGUUCUUCGCCGGAUUAUGAUCAAGGCUAUGACUAUCCACGACAAGACAAUAGUCAAUUAUACACGCAGCCUCCUCUAAAAGGAGAGCCAGCCCUCGUAUAUGGUCCUCCGUCCAAUAGCAGCCGUUAUCACAGUUACAAACACUCCGCGCCAGAAUCGCAGAGGAACCCUUUCCUCCCGGAAGUAACGUUGAAGUAUCAUCAGGACGUUCUACGGCAACUCGAUCGUUCUUACUCUCAGGAAUCCUUGGGCGUAUUCAGACCGAACCAAUCAUGGUUGACGAAUAGAUAUUCGCGAAGUGACAAGGUAGCGCCGCGAAGUUACAGCGUGAACCCGUUGUUGAGCUACGCUAAACUUAAGGGCGACCGUGUAAAGAGACAGUCGGAUCCGGAAAUCAUUCCCCUGUGUCCCACACGAGAGCAAUACAUCGCUCCCCGUGCCGCUCUAAACAAAGAGGGCAACUGGAUGUAUGUUGUUAAUAUUCCGGGCCAGGACAAGUACACGCAGCUCGUCAGAAGCGAGAAGUGCUUGAACGAUGUGUGCAACGGUAUAUGCUCCAUCCCGGAGGGAUACAGGAGUAGGUGCCAGCAGCAAUUCGUACAAAAGAGACUAGUGGCACUCGAGGGAAGCGGGAAUCGACUUUACACCGACUUGUUCUGGUUUCCGCAUGGCUGCGCGUGCCAGAUUAUUCAGAAUUUCUGAGGACACGGGCGAUUACGGCGCGUUGCGGCAUUGCGCGAAUGGGGUGCGUUUCCAGGGGAUAAGCGCUAUUAAAUGGUAGUAUGUCGUUCUCUACACGAUUGUAAUCCCGCGACCACAGAGCGCGCCUGGCAACGGCAUUGAAAGUGUACUCGUAUACCGAUAAUGUAGCGUUCUAUGAGCGACGCGUACCCGAGUAAAGUAUCGCGACGCGUAUUACCAGCGAUGUCAGGCAGAGGCGAAUACACGUUGUCAGUCUAUUAUUAAUUGCCAUUGCCAAUUGCUAAUCGCAAACGGUGUAAAUCUGUUAAAGGCGUGAAUAAACGCCCUCAAUGGUGUCCCUUUGCGACAAACAGGCGAGAAAUUUUUCAGAAAUGUGCCGAUCAUAUGAUAUUACAUUUAUACUCGCGUUGCACAUUUAGCGUAAGAUAUAUAUACAUACAUACAUAUAUAUGUAUAUUGUUCACAUUGACUUAUAGUAUAAAGACAUCUCGAAUAUCUCUUAUUUAUCUUUCGGCAUCCACGAUCGCCGAUUCGCCAGAGAACUCUGCAAAGACAGGCCGUGUAAUUUCAUAAAUCAAUUUUACGUAUCGUUUUUAAUUAAUAUAUUACUCUCUUUUAUUUUGGACACCAUCCGACAACUUUAUCUAGAGAAUAUCUCAACAAAUAGUUGUAUCGCCAUGAUUGAGCUUAUUUAUACAAUAGGCACUUCUCGUCGGUAAAACCGGAAAGGGAUGGCGGAAGGAAAUCUCGUAAUUAUGUAAUGAAACUUAAAAGCGGAUUUUUUACGUGCGCUAUUUAUACGCGAAUAUAUAAUGAAGGAUUAUUAAUUUA